AUGAAGUCCCGCUUCAACACGGUCGAUAUCCGGGCGGUGAUAGCCGAGCUGCGCCAGAGGUAGGAGGGAGCCUCGAGACAGGCGGGCGGCGGCCCCGCCCCCGCGACGACGGAGGCCCCGCCCACCUGGGCAUUGGCUCCGCCCACAGCACCGCCCCCUUUACCUCGCCCCGCCCACUCCCCGCCCUCCCCCAAUCAGGUGCCUCCCAGGAGCUUUGGACUACAGUUCCCAUGAGUUAGCAGGGCCUGGUGGGAGUUGUAGUCCAAAUCACGUGGGAGCUGGCUGGGGGUCGAUGGGAGUUGUAGUCCGAAACCUGUGUAAAGGCACCAGAGGAGGGAGGAAGGCUGGUCUGUACUUGAUGUUUCUCCGAAUUGUUAGACCAGGCAUAGGCAAACUCGGCCCUCCAGAUGUUUUGGGACUACAGUACCCAUCAUCCCUGACCACUGGUCCCGUUAGCUAGGAAUCAUGGGAGUUGUAGUCCUAAAACAUCAAGAGGGCUGAGUUUGCCUAUGCCUGUGUUAAAUUCCUAGCAGUGUUUCCCAAACUUGGGUCUCCAGCUGUUUUUUGGACUCCAAUUCCCAUCAUCCCUGACCACUGGUCCUGCUAGCUAGGGAUCAUGGGAGUUGUUGUAGUCCUAAAACAGCUGGGGGGCUGAGUUUGCCUCUGUCUGUGUUAGACUCCUAGCAGUGUUUCCUAAUAAUAAUAAUAAUAAUAAUAAUAAUAAUUUAUUUAUACCCCGCCCAUCUGGUUGGGCUUCCCCAGCCACUCUGGGCAGCUUCCAACAAAAUAUUAAAAUACAGUAAUGCAUCAAACAUUAAAAGCUUCCCUAAACAGGGCUGCUGUGAGUUGGCAGACUCAGGGUUUCCCAAACUUGAGCUUCCAGCUGUUUUUGGACUCCCAAUUCCCAUCAUCCCUGACCACUGGUCCUGCUAGCUAGGGAUGAUGGGAGUUGUAGUCCAAAAGCAGCUGGAAGCUCAAGUUUGGGAAACCCUGAGUCUGCCAACUCACAGCAGCCUGUGUAGCCAGUGGUCAGGAGUGCUGGGAGUCAGAGUCCAGCAACAUCUUAAGGGUCCUCUCCUGAUCCUGAGCUACAUUCUUUCACCUGCCGAUUGAAGGCCGCUGGCAUGGGAGCACUACUAUACGGGCAACUAACAAUUUACACACAUUUAACUUGCAUGCACUGGGCUUUAUGCACUUAGCAAAAAAAGAAAAGGAAAAGGAAAGUGGGUGGGAUUCACCGGGGCUACAGAUCCCAGUCUUCUUUCUUUCUCUCCUUGUUCCUGAUGUAGAGCUUCCCUGGUGGGGAGAGGGUGUGUGCUAUUUUGGGGUCUGCCUCAGGUGCCAACAUAUCUUGGGCUGGCCCUGUGUAGGACCAGCCACAUAUUUUACAGUGGUACCUCUGGAUGCGAACGGGAUCCGUUCCAGAGCCCUGUUUGCAUCCUGAAGCGAACGCAACCCACGUCUGCGCGUGCACGGGUCGCGAUUCGCCAUUUCUGCGCAUGCGCCUGACAUCAUUUUGAGCGUCUGCACGUGCGCGAGUGGCGAAACCCGGAAGUAACGCGCUCCGUUACUUCCGGGUCGCCGUGGAGCGUAACCUGAAAACGCUUAACCUGAAGCACAUUUAACCCGAGGUAUGACUGUAUUUGUCUGAUUUUUAGACCCAUGAAUACGUGUCACAUUGAUUCUAUCUCACUACAGUCAUACCUCGGGUUAAAUAUGCUUCAGGUUGAGCAUUUUCAGGUUGCACUACGCGGCGACCCAGAAUUAACGGAACCCAUUACUUCCAGGUUUUCCCACUCGCGCAUGCGCAGACACCCAAAAGGACGUCACGCGCAUGUGCGGAAGCGGCAAAACACGACCCGCACAUGUGCAGUCACGCAGUCGCGUGUUACGUUCUACUCUGGAUGCCAAUGGGGCUCCGGAACGGAUCCCAUACGCAUCCAGAGGUACCACUGUAGUCCUGUUCCAAGAUAAUCAGCAUAGAAGACUACUCCAGAUUGGACUUAGCCCAGAAAGAUGUUUGUGUUAUAAUUAAUUCGUUGUCCUUUUGAUUUAAGAAGCAGUUCUUUCACUGCCUCCUCCAGCCUUAACCACAAUAAGAUUAACAGUUGCUCUUUGUUAAAAAAAAAUUGAGUCAGUGUUUGCAACAAGAACAGUCUUCUAUAAAUUUCCUUACACUGGUAAAAAUAUAAAUAUAUAUGUCUUUUCUCCUCUCUCUUUUUUUUUUAGCUUGUUGGGAAUGAGAGUAAACAACGUUUACGAUGUGGACAAUAAGACAUACCUUAUUCGCCUUCAGAAGUAAGAGCUGAAACUUCCUUGUUUUCUUUAAUUCAGGAAGCCUUUGGCUCUCCAGAUUUUGCUGGAUUCCAGCUCCCAUCAGUCCCAGCCAGCAUGGCCAGUGGUCAGGGAGCUCUAGUCCAGUAACAUCUGGAGACUCACAGGUUAGUCAUCCCAGCUCUCUUCAGAGUAUUUCUAACUUUUGAAUCUGUAUGUGUGUCUUACAUGUAUCUCAAUCUUCAGUGAGAUAAAAUAGCCAACCAAAACUAGAACACUAUGUAUGAAAAGGAAGUUGGAACACGGAUCUGUUUCCUAUGAAUGUAGUCUUUUGAAUGUAGUACAUGAAAUCAAGAUGCAUUAAAGUUAAUGGGACUUUUCUUCAAAGAUACAGGUGUAUGUUGUCCCCUCUGCUUUCUGUGAAUGAUUACAAUCUCUCUCUCCCCUUCCUCCCCUGCAUAGCAUGCCCAUAUUAUGUAUUUUCCUGGUGCUGUUGUUAAACGUAGGGAGAAGGUUCACCUGUCCUUGCUUUUCCAAGCAUCUUCACACAGUACUUUCCCUGAGUUUCUAAACAUUGUUUAGUUCAUAAAAUUUAUAUACUGCUUGAUUGUUAAAAAGAUCCUUCAAGUGAUUACUCGUGGGAAACCUCAGUUCUGGGGUUCUUUAUGAUUACCAACUGCAUAAAUUUAUUACGAGCGAGUGGAUGCCAGCAUGCAAAUUCAGUGUUUGAUUUUGAAAAAAUUAAAAAUGCAAGCUUGCACUUCCCAGAGGAGGAAGAGCAUGUGUUGCGCCCACAUCUACGCCAAAUCUGUGCCUAGAUGCUCCCUGAUGCCUUCUGUUGUCAUUAGGCCAGACCUCAAGGCUACGCUUCUCCUGGAAUCUGGCAUAAGAAUUCACACAACAGAGUUUGAGUGGCCCAAGAACAUGAUGCCAUCUGGAUUUGCAAUGAAGGUAAAUGCAUCUUUCUCUGCAUGCUGCAGAUUUCUGGGGUGGAGAGAGAAAACAUGCCAAGCCGCUAAUGUUGUCGUUUCAUCUUUGAGGCUAGCCAUACAAGCGUUUUGCAUUUUCACGUAUGAACCUUGCACUAUGAGACUACAGGCCCAAAUAAGAGCAAGGCUUGAGCCUCGGUUUUCUCUUGUUGAGUGGAGAGCUCUCACCUGUCCUUCUCCUGGCAGGAGCAGGUGAAUAAUUCCACUCCAUGCUCUAAGGCUUUGGAGUGUUUUACAUAGAUAUGUGUGUUCAUGUGGCGGAGUGAGUUCUGGAAGCAGGCAGGCUAGCAAUAUCUGCUGAAGACUCAGCAGCCAAACAAGUGAUGGGGAGGUCUUCGGGUAGCCAGAGUCACAUCUUCUCCACCCUUUGCUUCUGCCAGACCUUCCCCAUAGGUUUUUCUUUUUUUUAAUACAGUUAUACUUCAUGUUGGGACGCGGGUGGCGCUGUUGGUUAAACCACAGAGCCUAGGACUUGCCGAUCAGAAGGGUGGGGUGAGCUCCCAUUGCUCGGUCUCUGCUCCUGCCAACCUAGCAGUUCGAAAGCACGUCAAAGUGCAAGUAGAUAAAUAGGUACCGCUCUGGCGGGAAGGUAAACGGUGUUUCCGUGCGCUGCUCUGGUUCUCCAGAAGCAGCUUAGUCAUGAUGGCCACAUGACCCGGAAGCUGUAUGCCAGCUCCCUCGGCCAAUAAAGUGAGAUGAGUGCCGCAACCCCAGAGUCGGUCACGACUGGACCUAAUGGUCAGGGAUCCCUUUACCUUCCAUUUCAGGUUGCGUGUUUUCGUCUUGUGUCCCGUGGCAACCCGGAAGUACUGGAAUGGGUUACUUCCAGGUUUUGCCGCUUGUGCAUGCACAGAAGCGCUAAAUCGCACCGCACACCUGCGCAGACGCAGCACUUUGAGUUGCGAGUUUUUCACGUUAUGGAUGGGCCUCCGGAACGGAUCUCAUCCGUAACAUGACUACCACUGUAGACUCUCCCCAACACCAUGCUUCUCCUGCUUUUAUCAGGCCAUUGUUCAACUAUAUCAAAUGAUCCAAAAGUUUAUGAGAGACUAUGAUAUCUACAUUUUUAUUUAUGGGGUGUAGGAGUCCUCAGCUACCCUGGCUUUUUGGUGGGGUGGGGGGGAGCAAACGACUCUGCCUCAUUGUCCCUUUGUGAGACCUGUUUGUGCUCUCCCCGCUGACAGUGUCGCAAGCAUCUGAAGACCAGAAGGCUUGUGAGUGUGACGCAGCUUGGCAUCGACAGGAUAGUCGAUUUCCAGUUUGGGAGCGACGAAGCCGCCUAUCAUCUGAUUAUAGAGUUGUACGACAGGGUAAGUGGAGGGUGAAAGAGCUGCGGGUCUUGGAGGCAAAAACUCUGGUCUCUCCCCCUCGUGCCGCUGCUUUGUUACUUGGUAGGAAGGUUCUUCGUUUUUGUUUCGAAUUUCCUUUACUGCCAUUACUAACAACCCAAAAGGGCAGUAGCAGGGUGUUGCGUCAUACCAUAUGCAAAGCAGACAAGCAACAAAUAAAUAGUAAUUAAAGACAUCCAAAUUUCCCUCGGUAGCAUGGAUGGUGAAUGUUGAACAUCUAAGUCCACAGCAUAGGAACUAAAAUUGCAGCCUUGUCUUAUAACUAUUUUAUUACUUUCCACAAUAAAGUGUCUUGAAGCUGCUUACAAAUCCGUAAAACAGCCUGACACUUGAGGUGUGUCCUUUAUUUUUGUGAUCGUAAUUUGAUUUCAGCUGUUUUAAGUACAGCGUUUUAAUGUUACAACCUGCCCAGGGAUUUUAGGGUGAAGGGAAGUAAUUAAUAAUAAUAAUAAUAAUGUUGACACAGGGAGAGGCUCCAUUAAGACUUUAUAGGUUGAAACCUGCAUUUUGCUUGGAAACUCUUUUGCAGGGCAACAUUGUUCUUACUGACCAUGAAUACCUGAUACUGAACAUCCUGAGGUUUCGCACAGAUGAAGCAGAUGAUGUAAAGUUUGCAGUUCGGGAACACUACCCGGUCGACAACGCCAAAGCAGCAGCGCCGUUGCCCAGUUUGGAAAGGUACCUCUGUUCUUUGUGCAGCAUUUAGUUUGGGGGAGAAAGCAAUAUCUGCACCUGCCCCAUCCCUCUCCAAGAACUGAGUGGAGCUGCUUUUCAGAGACCCGCUUGCUGGGCUGUAAAGUGGCUCUGGUUUGGGUUUGACACCCAAAAUGAUCAAGGGGAAUGGAAUGACUCCCCUGUGAAGAAAGGUUGUGUCGUUUGGGACUUUGUAGUUUAGAGAAAAAGUAAGUAAGAAAGUAAGUAAGAGGCAACAUGAUAAAAGUAAAAAGUAAGUAAGAGGCAACAUGAUAGGAGUUUUUUAAAAAUUUGCAUGGCACAGAAAAAGCUGGAACCGGUGGGCCUCCAUUGAAGCUGAGUGUUGGAAGAUUCAGGACAGAAAAAAGAAAGGACUUUUUCACACAGCACAAAGUCAAACUGUGGAACUCCCUGCCACAGGGGGCAGGGAUGGCACCAGCCUGGGAUUAGACAAUUUUUUUUUUAAUUUAUCAUUUUUAUUAAAUUUUAUCAGAUGUUACAGAAAAAUGAAAAAAAAAAAAAGAAAUACCGUAUUUUUCGCCCCAUAGGACGCACCGCCCUAUAGGACGCACCUAGUUUUUUUUGGGAGGGAGGGGAAUAAAGAAAAAAAAAUAUUUACCAUCCCAGGCAUGGGGCUGGCGCAGGGGAAGCCCGAGCUUCCCCCGACCCCAGCCCCCAGAACAGCCUGCUAUCCGCAAGCCUAGGGAGCCACACCGGUCUCCCCAGGCUUGUGGACAGCUGUGCGAAGCCCGGGCACCCUCUUCAGCGCGCCCAAGGCUUCGGAAUGCAGGCAGCUCUGCGCAACCCUCCAGAGCUUGGCGCCAGGCUCCGGAGGGUUGCGCAGAGCUGCGCGGAGCCCGGGAGCACAGGCAGCUCUGCGUAACCCUCCUGAGGCUGGCGCGGCUUGGCGCCGGGCUCCGGAGGGUUGCACAGAGCUGUGCGGACCCCGGGAGGGCAGGCAGCUCUGCGCGACCCUCCGGAGCCCGGCGCGAAGCCUGUAUUCGCCCCAUAGGACGCACACACAUUUCCCCUUUAUUUUUGGAGGGGGAAAAGUGCGUCCUAUAGGGCGAAAAAUAUGGUAGUAACAAUACAUAACCAUACAAAAAACAUUUAUCUACACAAUUUUCCAGAAUGCAGACUAGAAAAGAAGAUGAAAGAUAAAAGAUAGAAAGAAGGAAAAGAAUGAAGAGAAAAAAUACUUUCCAUAAUCAAUAAUUCCAAAUUCAUACUUCAAACAGUACAAUAUUUAAAUCCUAGUUAAAAUAUUAUAAAAGACUUCCACUGCAUUCACCACACAUCUCUUGGUUAUCUAUUUCACCUUUACAUCUGUUCUUCAGUCACUUCCUUUCCUUAAAUUCUUUCAUAGUCCAUCUAAUCUUUGUACUUUCGUGUUUGAUCCCUGUUUGUGUAAAUAUUCAUUUAAGCAUUCCCAUUGUUUCUGUACCAUCGUUUUAGAUUUAUGCCUUAUUAUGUCCGUCAAUUUUGCUAACUCCAGAUACUCACAUCGUUUACUUAGCCAUUCCCUUUUUGUUGGGAUGUUAUUUCCUUUCCAGUAACUGGCCACCAACGUUCUCGCUGCUGUUGUUGCGUAUAGAAAUAUGUUAAUUUUAUCUUUGGGGAUAUGGGAUUAAGACAAAUUCAUGGAGGUGGAGAGGGCUGUCAGUGGCUACUGGCCACCAUGGCUAUGCUCUGUCUUCGCAGUUAGAAACAAUACAGUCAUACCUUCAUGUUGCGUCUUUUCACGUUACGUCCCGCGGCAACAUGGAAGUACCGGAACGGGUUACUUCUGGGUUUCACCGCAUGCACAGAAGCGCCAAAUUGCACCGCACACCUGCGCAGACGCAGCGCUUCAAGUUGUGGGCGUUUCACGUUACAGAUAGGCCUCCGGAACGGAUCCUGUUUGUAACACGAGGUACCACUGUAUUGCUUCUCAAUGCGAGUUGCUGGAAACCAGAGAAGGGGAGAAGGCUCUUGCGCUCAGAUCUUGUUUGCAGGUUUCCCAUGGUCGUCUGGCUGGUCAUUGUGAGACAAGGAGGCUGGACUAGAUGGGCUCUUGGCCUGAUCUGGCAGACCCUUCUUAUGUUCACAAUGUGCUUUCCUCUUCAAUAUCAUUCUAUAGCAAAGUAAUCCUUUUGGGGGGGGGUGACCUUCCUCCCCAUCUCCCACUUAACAGGUUGACAGAAAUAAUAGCCAGUGCACCGAAAGGGGACCAGCUAAAGAGAGUCCUAAAUCCUCACCUUCGUAAGUACCAUUUAUGUUAAGAUUGAAAUCAGCAAUAAGCUAUGUUCUGUUUUUCAAAGUUUGUAAGCAACUUUGAGCCCUAGGGAAGAAAGCAGGAUUACAAAUAUAUCUAAGAGAACCUGUUGGAACCUCAAAUAACAGGUAUAUUUCUUCCAGUAAUAGCCAAUUGCUUUUGAGAGCUGUAAUGUUUUUGAGAUGUGCAAGGUCUUUGCCGCGAUACUUAAAAUGACAUAUAUUUGUUUGGGGCUGGUAAGGGACAGACUAAACAAAUUGCUGAUUCAGGUAGGUAGCUGUGUUGGUCUGACACAGUCGAAAUAAAAAAAUAUAAAAAUUGUCCAGUAGCACCUUAGAGACCAACCAGGACAAACUUAGUUGACCUCUAAAGUGCCACUGGACAUUUUUUUUAUUUAUUUAAACAAAUUGUUGUUGAAGAUGGAGGCCUCUUUAUCCCCUGUGUAUAAAAUGUCCCAUAUUCUGCCUUGUUUGAAACAAAUUCCUUGGGGGGUGUGGUUUCUUUUAAAUCCAUGUCUCUGGCUAAUUGUUAAAUGGUUCUCUCCCUUCCUCCACUUUUUAUAGCUUAUGGAGCAACACUUAUCGAGCACUGCCUUAUGGAAGCGGGAAUUUCCAGUAACGCCAAAGCAGAACAGAUAGAAGGGAAAGGCAAGUGGCCAGACAUUUCAUCGCGAAAUUCACCGCACGCCCAUUUGCAUGUCACAUGACAGAGUUGCAUAAUACCUGGUAUUUCAAGAUCUUUGUGUUAUGCAGUGUGGUGUAUCAUUUUAAUUUCAUCUAUUAGGCCUGGUUAAUUCCCUGUUUCUUGUGAGUGGUUCCCUGACGUACGAGUGGUGUUAAGUCGAUCAUCUCAGCAGUUAUCACCAAUAUGCUACUCAAAAGGUUAAAGGUGUUUGUAUAGGGUAUAUAUUUCAGCUCUGAUCAUUACGGUCUGUCAUUUUUGCACCUCAUUCACCUCCCAACCUACACAUUCUUUCUUUGCAUACCUGCCAGCUAAUAUUGUGUGCAUGAGUUCUUGAAAGCUUAAACCAUAAUAAAUUAGUUAGCCUAUAAUGCACUGGUUUUCAAACUUUUCUUUUCCUGGGCCACACUUUCAGAAUAACAAUUUGCUCUUAGCAAUUUUUUUAUUGCUAAGAAAUACAUGGGGAAACAAAAAGAAACAACAACUAGCAACUGAUUUAUAACACAGAACACAAUUGCUUUAUAAUACAAUAAUGGGACACCUAGAAAGUAUAAAACAAUGCAGCUUACAUAAGAACAUGAAUCAUUCUCAGACUAUAAUUAGAAAUCAGCGUCUUAUGUAUGUACCUUAAAUAUGUGUACAAACUCCAUGAGAGGUGUGAGCUUUUGCCAGAUAACCUCAUUUAUAAAGAAUGUUUUUAUACUAUACUACACCAAAAUGUUUAAAUGUUUCCUUGAUUGUCUUUGAAUCUUCCACCACACUUGCUAUCCUCUCCUGCCACGCCAAUCUUUGAGAACCACUGCUUUAAGGUGUCACUGUACGGGGCUAACACAGCUGAUGCUUUGGAAAUGCUUAAUUCUUAUUCUCCUAAACCAGCCUUGUGGCAGUCUGCAGCUCUGGGCUUGAUCAUAUCCCCAGCAUCUCUAGGCAAGGCUGAAAAAAUACAGUGGUACCUCAUGUCGCAUAACCUCCAGGUUACAGAAUCUUCGGGUUACUACCGCAGCAAACCCGGAAGUGGGUUUGCCACUCGCGCGUCUGCAGAAGAACUCUGCGGCGCUGCGUGCAUGUGCAGAAGCAGUCCUCUGGUUAUGAAAUUUUUGGGAUACGGCCGGGCCUCCAGAACGGAUCCUGUUCGUAACCAGAGGUACCACUGUUAUCCUGUCUGAAACCCUGGAGAGUUUGCUGACAACAUUGAGCUUAGAUCAGGGAUGAGGUACCUGUUGCCCUCUAACUUUUCCUGGAGUGCAUCAACACCAGCCACCAGUCAGCAUCAUCAGUGGUCAGAGAUUAUGGGAGUUGCAGUCUAGUAGUGUUUGGAGGCUCCAGGUUCCCAUCCUGGGAUUAGGUGGACAGAUUAUCUGAUGUGGCCCAAGGCUGCCUCCAGUAUGCAGAGAAUAUGCUGGAAGCCACAGAAUCAAAAACCUUGGAUUCCAUUUUUUCUCUUUUUAGAUGUCGAAAAGGUACUUGCUGCUCUACAGAAAGCAGAAGAAUAUAUGGCGAUCACAGACAACUUUAACGGCAAGGUAGCUCAUGGUUGAAGUGCUCUGGUUUUUGCACACCCCACGGGUUCCAGAGGAGCAGUGUUCAAACAUUGCCAUUGUAGAUCUUCCAGGGAGGGGUGGGUUUAGUAAAUAUUCUCAAGCUCCCUAGCCCAGAAGUGGAGGAAGUCUGGGACCGUGAUGCAAAAGGCAGACUUAUUGGACCAAGGAGGAGGGGAGCCCAGAGAACCUCAUGCAAAAAUAGCUGUGGUUUCACCCUUCUCAUCUCAAAUGAUGUAUUCUGGAGAAGGUGUACAAAUUUGGAUUUUGUGGUCGUCUUGUUGUGAUCCUUACUUUUUUCUCCCAAUGUGUUCUGGCCUAGUGCUUACCUUCCACUUUUUGUGACCCAAGCUUCUAGUCUCUCCUAUCCCCUCACCCCAGGCAGUCUUGUAGGCUCUGGUCUAACUCGCCGUUAUUGAUGGCUAGCUAAAAAUAAAAACCAUAAUGAUCACAAUAAUUCCAAGAAAAAGAAAACUGAAAAGAAAUUCUGCUCAGGGUUUCUCUACUUCUCUUUUUUUGGCAGGGUUAUAUCAUUCAGAAGAGGGAGAAAAAGCCAAGUCUGGAACCCAGCAAGCCUCCAGAAGAAAUCCUCACGUAUGUAUUUUGAAGGGAGACUCCUUUUUGGUCCCUCAUUUUCCUGCUGGUCAUAGAAUUGCAGAGUUGGAAAGGGACCUUAAGGGUCAUCUAGUCCAACCCCUGCAAUGCAGGAAUCUCGGAGAACAACUAUGUUUACAAAAAAUUGUUAACAAAAUGUAUGACAUUUCAACAGUUUCUAAUUCAUGAAAUCUUAAUUGAUGUAUACAAUGCCAAAAUAAUAAUGGCACACGCAACUCAACAUCUCAAAGCCAAAUAGUCAAAAUAUUCCUGAAAUACGUCCGUGAGAACAACUCUCUCUGUGUGUACUUGUGCUGGUGCUGUCCCAACGGAACUCCGACAACGAGAUACGCAGAUUUCAAUCUCUGUUUCGUGAAUCUUCUUAUGAUUGGCCCAAAAAGGAGCUAUACAAUGGCAAUUCCAUGCUCCACUAAAUAAGUCAGCUACAACCUUAGAAUGGCCCUCUGCUCAUUUUUGAUGCAGCCUAGAAUAGCAUUAGCUGCUUUUGGUUUGCUGCUGCUGCUACAUUAUCCAAUGUGUGUCUUGCAGAUAUGAGGAAUUUCACCCUUUCUUGUUUUCGCAACACGCAAGAUGUCCGUACGUGGAGUUUGACUCUUUCAACAAGGUACGGUCCUGUGUUUGAUAUGUAUUGUAUUUUAUAAGUGGAGUGUAAUUUUUUAAUUGUGUCAGGCGGUACUGGGAAGCCCCAGUGGCCACUGAGUUAGAAUCCUGCCAACUGUUUGUGGUUGCACCAAGAUGGAUCUGAAUGCAGCAUAGCGGUUUAAGAGCCAAGUUUAGGAUUUUGAGUUACAGAUUUUUGAAGCGGCGGGUGGUGGCAUCUGUACUUUUGGGCGUCACCAGAAUGUGGAAGCUGCGACACAGAAAGUUGCUUUGCUCAAGUGAAUUCUGAACUCAAACCUUGGAGUUUGAGAUUGAAGGAAAUCUAACUCAAGGGCCUUUUUGGAUGUAAUUGGUUUUGUUCUGAACUUUUAUUUUUUAUGAGAAAUGAAAAGCAACUUCCUGACACACACAUGUAUAUAUUAAAAAGUUUUAAUCUCUUUUGGAAGGCAGUGGAUGAAUUUUAUUCCAAGCUGGAAGGACAGAAGAUAGACCUGAAGGCAUUGCAGCAGGUACUGAUCCUGUUAAAGAAUUAGCAUUUGACACAACACCUUGUGGCUUCCUUAAGGAGCCAGUUGCCAGCUGUGGAUUGUCGUUCAGAUGGGGAGAAUUUUACUUUUGCCCCUGCUGAGAACCCUAAUAGCUUCAGCAUCAGAGGGGAAAGUUUUGCUACUGUCAAACACACAUGGAGCUCUCUGUGAGAUAGCUUCCCUGCUUUUGCUAAUACAGAGUAAGGCACAGCCUUGGCUCCUGCAUCUUGUCAACUUGGGGUGAUUCAGGAGAUGAACUGCCUGCCAGCUGCCUCCAGACCUGCCAGGUCUACUCCUUUCCCCAGUAGACCAGAGUGGCUCCUUCUAGCUACCUACUUGCAGCCUCCCCUCCCCUCCUGCUUUGCCUUCAGCUCACAAUGCUUGAGUUGGCAUGGGCAUCAAAUCACCACCAGUCUUUCUUUCCUCCUUCAUUUUGUCCUGAAAGGAGAAACAAGCACUAAAGAAGCUGGAAAAUGUUCGGAAGGACCAUGAGCACCGGCUUGAAGCUCUCCAUCAAGCUCAGGUAAAGGCUUGUUAUCGUACCACCAUGAUGACUCCAUAAACUGUUGGCUUCAGUCCAUUUGUCAUACUCCAGAGAAUCUCAGCUGCUGCUUUUUUGGUCUCCUUCACUUUCCCAAAGGAAAUUGACAAGGUGAAAGGGGAGCUUGUGGAAAUGAACCUGGAGAUAGUUGACCGAGCCAUCCAGGUGGUCCGGAGCGCCUUAGCCAACCAGAUUGACUGGACAGAGAUUGGCGCUAUCGUCAAAGAAGCCCAGGCCCAGGGGGACCCCGUGGCAAGCGCCAUCAAAGAACUGAAGCUGCAGACCAACCACAUCACGAUGCUCCUGAAGUAAGCGCCGGGCAGGUGGGAGAAACGCGCUGGAAAGGGGUGGUUGGGGUGGGUGGGUGUAUUGAAACUCCUUUGUUAGAAGGUUCAGGGUUAGGCAGAAUUGGGGGAGUGGGACUGUGAAUAGCUGAAAAUGGGACCUCACUGCCUGGAGACAAACUAACCCUCCGAGGACCAAGUGCUGGUUCAAUGGGAGUGGGGUCCUUGUUCCAGCAAAGGCUUCUUAUCUGCAAUUUAAUUGGAUGAAUAAGCCCCAGCCCCAGUCUAGGUUGGCUUGAGGGCUGUAAUCUGGAGAAUAUUGGGAGUGCUACUUGGGUACCGCUGAAAUCAGCAGUGCUGAGGCUUUUCCAACAAGGAGCUGUUUUUGUAAAUUGGUAUGUUGUUGUGUUAUAUUUAUAUCCCACCCACCUGGCUGGGCGGCUUACAGCAUAUAUAGAAACACAGCAAAACAUCAAACAUUAAAAAACAGAAUAUCCUAUACAGGCAACAAACAAACCAAUAAAUCAGUAGAAAUCAAUAAUAACAAUAGUAACAAUAAUGAACACUUUAUGUUUAUACCAGGGGUCUGCAACCCGUGGCUCCGGAGCCGCGGCAAAGGUGUAAAAGAGCCACAUGCGGCUCCGGGGCGGAUACUAGCGAGGGGAGGAGGCGCAUUGUGCGCCCCGACACUCCCCACUGUGGCGGGCGCUGUACUGGCUGUGACGUCGCAUGGGGGCGGUGCGUGCGUUAGUCACGCACUGUUCCGACGUCACCUUCCUGCCCGCCCGCCCGCUACAUUGUAAGGGGCAUGUACGCUGGUCACUGCAUUGAAAGGGGGCAUGUACGCUGGUCACUGUUUUGAAGGGGAGUGAAGAACACACACACACAAAAAGGUAACUUGUUAAUUUAACAUUUAUUUCUAUGAGGAGGAGUAAUUCUGAGGGAUCAAACAAAGAAAUAAAAAAAAAAAGUGACAAAAAAGUUAUUUUUAUAAUGACGAGUUUUGCGGCUCCCAGUUUUUUUUUCUUCAGAAACGGGUCCAAGUGGCUCUUUUUGUCUUAAAGGUUGCAGACCCCUGGUUUAUACCCAAAUUAAAAUAACCACCAAACCCAACUAACAUUUAACCAACCUCAACCCGACAAAAACAAAACAGAGGAGCCGAAAUUAGAACUGUUUAAAACAUGGAAAAACAUUUUAGCCAGUUGUCCCAACCCAAGAGUUUUCCCAGCAAUGUCCCUCCAGCCUCCCAGGAGCCUAUACAUGCUUAUACAUGAGCCCAAUAGGGACGUGGGUGGCACUGUGGUCUAAACCACUGAGCCUCUUGGGCUUGCCAGUCGGAAGGUCGGCGGCUCGAAUCCCCACAACAGGGUGAGCUCCUGUUGCUCGGUCCCUGCUCCUGCCAACCUAGCAGUUCAAAAGCAUGCCAGUGCAAGUAGAUAAAUAGGUACCACUUUGGCGGGAAGGUAAACGGUGUUUCUGUGUGCUCUGGUUUCCGUCACGGUGUUCCGUUGCGCCAGAAGCGGUCUAGUUCUGCUGGCCACAUGACCUGGAAAGCUAUCUGUGGACAAACGCCGGCUCCCUUGGCCUGAAAGCGAGAUGAGUUCCACAAACCCAGAGUCACCUUUGACUGGACUUAACAAUUCAGGGGUCCUUUACCUUUUUAUACAUGUGCCCAGGAGCAUAUGGAGGGUGUCAGAUUGGCUACCCCUGCACUAAGUAGUUAUACUUCAGCUCUUGCCCACCCCUGCCAGCGUGGGAUGACUUCCUUUCCCCUCCCUAUGACUGACAGAAGCAGAAUAAACCACACAGAACAGACAACGGAAAACACACAUGACGUGUGUAAUAACUCUGCUGAAUUCAGCUUUCUAGGCACAGAAAACAAUGCAGAAUUUUACUGUAUUAUUAGGCCACAGAUCAUGUGCACAAUCAACAGAAUGAAUGGGAAAUCCUGGUCAGAACUUUUCAGUUGGUCUUCCUGCAGCUAGCAGUGCACAUACUUUAAAAUAAUAAUAAUAAAAGGAUAGACAUUUUUGGCCCCGGACUUUUGCAAUGCCUGUCUUUUCUGCUUGGCUAGGAACCCUUACAUGCUCUCAGAAGAGGAGGAGGAAGCUGAAGGGGAGGUGGUGGAAGAGCCGGAGAGCGGGAGGAAGCAGAAGAAGAAAGCCAAACCGCUUCCCAAGCCCCAGAAGAACAAGCCCCUGCUGGUGGACUUGGAUCUCAGCUUGUCUGCUUAUGCCAAUGCCAAAAAGUAAGGGGCUGGAGUGUUUGGCUGGGGUUGCCCCCUGAAAGCAGCCCUGGGAUAUAGGACCAGUUUAGUGCCAAGGAAUCAAGGGGUUCCUCUCUCCUCCUUAAUUGCAUUUCUUUUGGUCCUGCCCAAGGCAACAAGAUCUUUCUGAGACCCAUUACUUCAGAUCUCUCUGCAGAGCAUUAGGCCAGCUUUCCAUUCCCACCCCCACCACUGACUUAUUCCAGGGAGUCAUUAAGUGUGGACGAAGCGCUAUGAUUAGCACUCCUUCCGAACAAAUUGACAAUUCGCAUCUUCCAAAUCAUGUGAUUCUGCGCUAUUUAUGUGGGCGUACAAGGCAUCCUGCGUGGAAAGGCAAACGGGCCAUAAUCCUAACGGAAGAAGGGAAUGGGGUGGAGACAUUGACACGGCUGCUUCUCUCCCAGGUAUUACGAUCACAAGAGGCACGCAGCCAGAAAAACCCAGAAAACGGUGGAAGCUGCAGAGAAGGUGCGUUGGUGAUUUCUUUGCCUUUCUUCCUUCAAGACACUUUAUGGCAGCAGCCAUAAGCAACUCUUUCCAGUCUGCUUGGAGCUUUUCACAAUUUUCACGGUUCAUAUACAUCGACCGAAAAUAAGCUCCAGUACAGUGGUGCCUUGGUUUAAGAACAGCUUAGUUUAUGAACAACUUGGAUGAAGAACGCUGCAAACCCGGAAGUAGGUGUUUUGGUUUGUGAACUUUGCCUUGGAAGCAGAACAUGUUUCGCUUCCUGUUGAGUGUGUUCCAUUUGUAAAUUGAGUCCCCCGCUGCUAUGGGAAAGCACACCUUGGUUGAAGAAUGCUUUGGUUUAAGAACGGACUUCCGGAACGGAUUAAGUUCGUAAACCAAGGUACCACUGUACUUGAAACCUCCAUCCCAUGGGGCCCAGCCAAGCCUGCCAGGCCUGUGAAUUUGACCUCCGAAUCUUAUGCAAACCAAGCGCACUUGUCAGUCACCUGAAGUCAGAUUAUGUCCUGCAGAGAUCUGUUAUCUCUUAUCUAAGUGCUAAGUACUAAGAUUGAAGACAAGGGAUCUCUUCUCUUUCAUCUUAGGGCUAAGUGCUAAGAUCAGAGAUAAGCCUCUGUUUGCUCUUUCGUAGUAAAAGCUGGCAGUGCACAUUUUUGCACUCUCAUCCCAUGGUGCUAAGAUUGGAGGUAAGUCUGAAAAUGACCAAUGAAGGGGUAUGGAUCUGGCCCUUGAGCUGAAAAAGGUCUCUUCCUGCCUGAAAAAGGGUCUCUUCCUCCGCCCCUGAUAUAAUGGUUUAGUAGCAAGUGAGCCGAAUUCAAGAGAAUAGCCUUGUGGAGUCUGGGGGCAAACCCUCCAAGCCUGCUGUUGGUGAAUCCAGAGUGUCUGCUUCUCAACUGGCAGCAGUUAAGAGCAAGAUGGUCAAAGGCAAACAUGUCGUAAGCCGACCGCAGGUAUAGGCAGCACAUAGGCAGGUCCAGGAACAGAAUACUGAUCGUUUUGAGCACCUGCCAUUUGCAUUGCUUACACUACUUCAUUGUAACUUGGGAGAUCUCUUUAAAUUCCAAAUUCUAGUUGCUGGAAAUCACAGGAGGGGAGAACUGCUCUUGUGCCCAAAUCCUACUUGUUGUUUUCCCACGGGCAACUGUUCAGUCACCGUGAGAACCAGAUGCUGGACUAGGUGGGCCACUGGCUUGAUCUAGCAGGACUUUUCUCACAUCCUUAACUCUUUCCUUGCUUGCUUUGUUUAUUUGUUUGCCUAAACAGGCCUUCAAAUCAGCGGAAAAGAAGACUAAGCAAACACUGAAAGAAGUUCAAACGGUUUCCACUAUUCAGAAGGCGAGGAAGGUGUUCUGGUGAGUGUCUGUGCAUGGAUAUAAGCAAGUGAAUUAUCUGAACAUCUUUUGCACGUUCUUGUCUGUGUGAUGUGAGUUAAGUACUUAAUGCUUAAGAUCCAGAUGUUUUAAGCUUUGGGUUGGGAGGAACUUGCCAUUCCUCUUUCAGUUGAGUGGGGUUGGCAAGGGACGGGCUUAAAUGUUCCUAAGAUGUGGGGCUGUUCCCUGAAAACAUCACGAGCUGUCUUUUCUUUUUGGUUAUUCCAAUGCCUUGCUCUGUCUUGAUGGCUUGAUGUAAUCUGGCAGGUUUGAGAAAUUCCUGUGGUUCAUUAGCUCUGAAAAUUACCUUGUUAUAGCUGGAAGAGACCAGCAGCAAAAUGAAAUGAUCGUCAAGAGAUACCUGCGGCCAGGUGAGUCUGCCUCGCUCCUCACUUGGGGUGCAGUCCAGAUUUGGGACAGGCUAAAUAAAGUUCAGGGACGCGGGUGGCGAUGUGGGUUAAACCACAGAGCCUAGGACUUGCUGAUCAGAAUGUCGGCGGUUCAAAUCCCCGCGAUGGGGUGAGCUCCCAUUGCUCAGUCCCUGCUCCUGCCAACCUAGCAGUUCGAAAGCAUGUCAAGUGCAAGUAGAUAAAUAGGUACCACUCCAGUGGGAAGGUAAAUGGCGUUUCCGUGCGCUGCUCUGGUUCGCCAGAAGCAGCUUAGUCAUGCUGGCCACAUGACCCAGAAGCUGUACGCCGGCUCCCUUGGCCAAUAAAGCGAGAUGAGCGCCGCAACCCCAGAGUCGGCCACGACUGGACCUAAUGGCCAGGGGUCCCUUUACCCUUUACCAAAAUAAAGUUCAGCCGCGCUCUGUGUGAAGGAGUCCUGUGCAGUUUGCUCCUACAACAUGUAGUGAUGGCCACCAAUUUGGUGAGCUUUAAAAAGAGGUUUAGACUAAAGAUGCACAAAUAUUCACCACUGGCCUCUCUCUGUCUCCCUUCCUCUGUGUAAGGCGACAUCUACGUGCACGCCGACCUCCACGGAGCGACCAGUUGUGUCAUAAAGAAUCCAACAGGUAAAUGCUUUCAGGAAAGUGAAUUUUGAGAGGGCAAAAGAACAGUCUGUCAUUAUUACUGUGAUUGGUUUUAGGGCUUUUUUUUCUACCUUAAAUUUUAUUGAUUUUUGAAAAUGCUGUGAACCGCUCAGAGGACUUUGGUGGUGAUGAGGCAGUAUACAAAUGGUUAAAAAUAAAAAGUCAUCCUGCUUUUUGUUGAGCAAGCAGAGGUACGUUGGCUGAAGUCGCGUGAUUUUGCCUCUGCUGUGCUAUGGAGCAAGUCUCUUAAAUAAUGUGCCCAAACUGCAUUGAGAAGACUACAAAGUUUAUUUUUAGCAAUGCUAAACUUGGAGAGCGCUGUUUUCUUUGGUGUUGGGGUUCCCUGAUACUAACCUGCUUCUGGCGCUGCUUCUGUUCCAGGGGAGCCCAUCCCUCCACGGACGCUCACCGAGGCCGGCACAAUGGCCCUGUGCUACAGCGCUGCCUGGGACGCCCGGGUCAUCACUAGCGCCUGGUGGGUGUAUCAUCAUCAGGUAAUGAGGCCUGGAGUGGCUGCUGUUGUUGCUAUUAUUAUUAUGCAUUGAGCUUAUAUACCGCCCUAGGGACACGGGUGGCGCUGUGGUCUAAACCACUGAGCCUCUUGGGCUGGCUGAUCAGAAGGUUGGCAGUUCAGAUCCCUAUGACGGGGUGAGCUCCCGUUGCUCGGUCCCAGCUCCUGCCAACCUAGCAGUUCGGAAGCAUGCCAGUGCAAGUAGAUAAAUAGGUACCGCUCUGGCAGGAAGCUAAACGGCGUUUCCGUGUGCUCUGGUUUCUGUCACGGUGUCCCGUUGCACCAGAAGAUUUUAGUCCUGCUGGCCACAUGACCCGGAAAGCUGUUUAUGGACAAACACCAGCUCCCUCGGCCUGAAAGCGGAGAUGAGAGCCGCAACCCCAUAGUUGCCUUUGACUGGACUUAACUGUCCAGGGGUCCUUGACCUUUACCUACUUAUACAGCCCUAUACCUGGAGGUCUCAGGGUGGUUCACAGAAAAACUGAGAGGGGUGUGGCUUGGCUUAACUUUGCAUUUUAAAAAGAAUAUUUUUCCAAACUUGAUGAAGUAUAGCCAGUGAAAUUGAUAACACAUCAAGGGAGAAAGGGGGUAGAAAUGGAUUCAAUUUAUAAGAAAGGAGACUCCCAUUCAACGUUAGGAAGAAUUUUUUGACCGUAAGAACGGCUCAAGAGUGGAAUAGACUCCUUUGAAAGGUGGAAGACUCUCCUUCUUUGGAGGUUUUUAAGGAGAGGUUGCAGGGGGUUGGACUGGAUCACCCUUGGUAGUCCCUUCCAACUCUACCGUUCUAUAAUUCUGUGAUAUUGGUGAUGAGUCACCGUGGCUGUGCUGGGAGGCACCAAGAUUGUGGAAGGCUGUUUUGCAACAUCUCUAUGGUAGGCCCUGCUUCUCAACGGCCUCUUUCUGGUACUUAUAAUGCUUAUUUACUUAUUUUAUAAAAAUCUACGCACUGGUUGAUUGUAAAAACCCUCAAAGCAGUUAACAAAGAGAGUAAAACAAUAAAAUUAUCAGUAAGAAACAACUCCUUCUUUAAGACAUCCAAAAGGUAAAACCAGCAAUAAACUAAAAACAGAUUAAAACAUAAUAUUAAUAAUAAUAUUUUAUUUAUAUCCUGCCCUCCCCAGCCGAAGCCGGGCUCAGAGCGGCUGACAACAGUAAAAAUAACACAGUUUACAUAAAAUCACAAUCAGUUAAUUGAAAUGCAUUCUAAAAUCAUUUCAUUCUAAAAUAAAUUCAGAGUCAAAAUACAUACAGCAAAGUUCUACAUUUUUGGAUAGGCUAAAAUGUUUUUAGCAGGCGCCGAAAAGGGUACAGCCAAGGAGACUGCCUGAUGUCAAAAAUCGGUGUGUGAUUAACAUCUCUGGAUAAAUUCCACGCAGGUGUCUAAAACAGCCCCCACUGGAGAAUACCUGACAACUGGAAGCUUCAUGGUCAGAGGUAAGACCCACCAGGUGAGACUCAGAGAGGGUUCCUGGAAUCCAUACCUGGCUGGGCAGCCCCAGGUCCAGCUGGGGGUGGAAGGGGAAGAGUUUUGGCUGUUCCCUCUGGGCAUCUUCACAUCAAGAUCCCCAAACGGCUGAACUUUGCAGAAUUCUUGCAGGACGGAACAGUGGAAUGUUCACAAAACCCUGAAUAGGUUUCCUUCUUUUGUUUCCUCCUAUACAGGGAAAAAGAAUUUCCUCCCUCCUUCCUAUCUGAUGAUGGGGUUCAGCUUCUUAUUUAAGGUACAGUGCCUUCAAUUUCUGGUCUCCAAUUAUUUGGAGAUCCUUCUUAAAAGAAACCAAUCCUGUGUUGAUUCUUCUGUAUCAACUGCAGUGAAGGGAAAGGAGCCCUGUGCACAUUCAGCCCUCCCCCCAAUCCUGAUUGGCCCAGAUUUUUUGGGGGGGGGAUUGUAUCUAUUUAUAUUUAUUAAUUAAAUUUCUAUACUGUCCUUCCCCUGAGGAUCACAUGGUGGGUUACAUUAUAAAAACGCAAAAAUACACAACACAGUAACAAACAAAACAAUACUCCGGUCCCACACACAGUUUAAAAGGGCAUCGAUUUUGGCUAUUCGCCAUUUGGCUAAUUAAACAGUUGCUGUGUUCUCCUCCCACUGUUGGAGGCAGUAAGUGCCUUUAAAUGCCAGAUGCGGGGAAUUUCAAGUGGCAAGGAGAGAUGCUGUUUUCCUCUUGCCCUGUUUGUGGUCCUCCCUUCGGGGCACCCGAUGUCAGGCUUCAGGGAACCGGCUUCCUCCCCCCGUGGCAGUAGAUAAGCAGAACAAAGGAAAGGGAGUCUUCUUACCAGUUAGAAACUUUAAUAAUCGGAGUGGGAGAACAAAGAACCCAUCUCUUAGAAAUGGCGGUGCUCCCAAUUAAGGAUUCCACCCCCUUAUGUCCCUAUUAAUCCAUGUCACUUCUACGUCUUGUAUUUUUAAAACAAUCUUUAUUGCAUUUUUCAAAAAUUACAGAGAAAGCAUGAAUUAAACAUUACAUCCAGUUGUUCAAAAAUAAAAAGGAAAAAUACAAAAAAGGAAAAAUAUGAAAAGGAAAAAAACGAUAAAUAAUAAAAAAUGAAAAAGAAUUAAUCAAGUACACAAAAUUGUAGAAAAGAUACAAACAGUAAUUUGAAUAAUCUAUAUGCUAGGUUCUCAGAAAGAAAUUACAUUGAAAAGUGACUGUAACGAAAGAAAGAAAAGAAGGAUUACACUUCUACGUCUUGUAAUCUGUCCCCUCUGUGCUUUGUGUGCUUUCUGUUCUGCCACUUUCUCAGCUCUCCUUGACCUUGGGGAAAGCGGAUGGAUGCUUUCCGGAGACACUGAAUCUGUUAACCCUCUCUCUCCCAGUGUUUCUUCUCCUAGAUGUUUCCCCUCCAGUAUUUCCCAGCUUCUGCCUUCUGAAUUAUGUCCCUCUACAAACCACUGUUCCAAAUUUAUAUUGUCCUCCUGCUCCUGGGAAGAUUCAAGAGCAGGGGGAGGGGGAGGCUCCCACCAUUCCUCCUCAGUGCAGCCUUCCUCAGCACGGUCCCUGACACCUGGUUGGCCACGGUGAGAGCAGGUUGCUGGAUUAGUUGGGCCGUUCGGGGCCCCUUUUUGUGUGAGUGGCUUCUGCCUGUGCAGCCCGCCUGCUUCAGCUUUGAUGGGUGCCUAGGAGGGCUUCCUGCAUCCCAUGGUCACACGGCCUUCUCUCCCCCAGGUGGACGAAUCCUGCGUGUGGCGACACAAAGGGGAGCGGAAGGUCAAGGUGCAAGACGAGGACAUGGAGACAGUGACCAGCAGCACCAGUGAACUGGCGGCGGAAGAGAUGGAGCCCUUAGGUAGGAGGGCAAAGGGGGUGAUUGGGGGCUCCACACACUGCCAGGGAGAGCUUGGGGUGGCCCUGAGAUAUGGGACAAAGUCCGUUGACACAGUGAACUUCAUGGAAAAGAUUCAUUUUGAGGUUCAUUAUUAUUAUUAGUAUUAUUAGAAUUUAUAGACCGCUCUAUACCCGGGGGUCUCAGGAUGGUUCACAGAAUAAAAUCAGGAUGUUGUUGUUUAGUCGUUUAGUCAUGUCCGACUCUUCGUGACCCCCUGGACCAGAGCACGCCAGGCACUCCUGUCUUCCACUGCCUCCCGCAGUUUGGUCAAACUCAUGCUGGUAGCUUCGAGAACACUGUCCCACCAUCUUGUCCUCCGUUGCAUCCCUUCUCCUUGUGCCCUCCAUCUUUCCAAACAUCAGGGUCUUCUCUUCUCAUGAGGUGGCCAAAGUCUUGGAGCCUCAGCUUCAGGAUCUGUCCUUCCAGUGAGCACUCAGGGCUGAUUUCCUUCAGAAUGGAGAGGUUUGAUCUUCUUGCAGUCCAUGGGACUCUCAAGAAUCUCCUCCAGCACCAUAAUUCAAAAGCAUCCAUUCUUCGGCAAUCAGCCUUCUUUAUGGUCCAGCUCUCGCUUCGCUUCCAUGCAUCACUAAAAAUCAGGAUAUAAAACCACAAAAUACCUAAUAAAAAUAAAAACAACAACCCAAUAGCCCCCCCCAAAAAAAAACAUAUUUUAAAAGGGCACAGGAUGUAAAUUGGAUCAACCAAAGGCCUGAUUAAAAGGUUUAGAGAGGAGAGGGCAGCCUUCGCCAACCUAGUGCCCUCGAGAAAUAUCUGCAGGGCACCAGGUUGGUGAAUCCUGAGAGAGGGAGAGAGGGCCCCAUGCAAGCUUUCUGGUGGGGAGAGUUUUGGGUCCAGGAAGCACUAUAGGAAGAAGGGGCAGAAUCUUUUCAGGCAGCAGGAGAUUUCCCAGUCCUGUCCUAUCCAGGUUGGAAUACAGUUCCCACCGGCCCCAGUUGGAAUGGCCAAAGGUCAGGGACGGUGGGAAUUGUGGUCCAAAGUAUCUGGAGGACAUCUGCUUGCAGAUGGCUGUUAGACUCUAAGCCCUGGAGAAUGCAGCUGCACUUUCUUUUCCAAGACGCCCCGGAAGGAGACGACAGCAGCAGCAGCGAUGGCGAAAAGGAGGAACCUCAGGAGAAGGCUGGGGAUGAGGAAGACCCGGCCGAGACCCCCCACCAGGAGGGGGAUGGGGAUGGGGCAGGGCAUGCCCUGGCUCCAGAAGGAUCGUCCGACGAGGAGUAUGCAGACUCAGAGGAGGAGGAGGGCAAAGGAACUCGGGCCUCGGAUGAGAUACGUUUUCCCGACACGACCAUUGACCUCUCGCACCUGCAGUCCCAAAGGUAACCGAGACAGGCUGAGCCACACCUUGGCUUUGUGUGUGUUGCUUUCAGGAGGACGAAGCAACGUUUGGAUUGUGAGCUUGGCUGGGUGUGAGCUGCGAUUGGCGUAGUGAAAUCUGGGAACUGGUUUCUUGGAGCCAGUUUAAGGAGGGUGUUGUCAAGCUGGAAGGUGUGACGAGGAGGGCGGCCAGGAGAAUGAAGGGUCCAGAAACCAGGCCUUACAAUGAAGGGUUGAGUUACGUGGCGAGUUCCCGCCUCCCCCAUGGAAAUAAAGACACAGGACACCAGUAUUUUAGGUUAAUGGGCAAAAUUAGGCCACAACUUUAUUGAUUACAGGAAUUGAGCGGUAUUGGCUUAGGCAUUGGUCCUAUUGACUAACCAGCUUCAGCCUGAUUGCUAGAAGACUGGCAAGGGUUAACCGCCAGUAGGGGGAGUCCUGCUGAUGUACAUCAACUAGGAGCUCCCCUGGGGUCACCGCUCGGGUCAUUCCUUGGCCCACACCUCCGUAGGCUUAGGACAGGGCAACGCCCCCCAGAAUCCUUUAUCGGACUACCCUUCGGUAUGGGGGAAGGUGAUGGCGCUUCCUCCCCCCCCCCCACUCAUCUGCAUAACAAUACCCUUACCAAUGCCUAACCGCCAAUGUCGAGGAAGUUGUGACUAUUUGCUACGAGGUAGCGGGAAAAGCAACUGGCUGGUGCCAAUUUGCCAAGUGGAAAAAAUUCCUACCAGGUCCCUUGACGGCGACCAACUGAAGUCCAUAGCAAUGUCAAAGAGCCAAACCUAAAGGGUGGGAGGGUGGGAAACCGGAGCAGCUGGUGCGCUGGAGUGGAGAAAGAGGGAAAUCCUCAGGCGCACCGGCCCUAAAUAGCGCGGGCCACGCCUCCCAGGCCAGCCGAUUGGCUGGCAAGCGAGAUGACGUGCCCGAGGAUUCCCUGCUCUCGCAGCUCGGAAGUGGCUUUGGCCCAGUGUUUAGCCCAGAUAAGAGGAGAUCUGAAAGCCAUCCUCAGAUAUCUGAAGGAGAUGGAGCAAGAUUGUUUUCUGCUAUUCCAGAGGGUAGGACUUGAACCAGUCAGUUCAAAUGACAAGAAGGGGGAGUCUGAGUAAACAUCAGGAAGAACUUUCUCUCCCAUAAUCAACAUCCACUUCCCAACAUCUCACACCAGAUUGGCAGCUCCUGCUAACAAAGGACUUAAUCGUUUCCUUCCAGAUCCCAGCUGAAACCUGCUCCAAAGGAGGACGUCUCGAGCUUGGUAAGCUCCUGCCUGAUACCAGCCGCUGAUCGUAACGCUUGCCUGCUGCCCCAGAGGAAACAGACGGAGUCUUAAUUCCCUUUUCUCUCUCCCUUGCAGAGCGACAGCAAGUCUCAGGGCCGGAGGCACCUCUCAGCCAAAGAGAGGAGGUGAGGAUCCUUGGGCGGCAGUUUCGGGGCUGCUUGAGAGAUUUGAUUCAUUGUGAUCCAGCAGACGUCUUCAGCCUGGGCUCUUGUGGCUGGCUUGCUGGUCUGACUUUCUCCUUCCCCGAGGAGAUUUCUGCAGGGCCACAUGCAACACAAACUGAGCCAGGCUGAGGUUUGCUGGCUGCUGGUGCCAGCGUGGAGGGAGUCCCUUUUUCCCUCCCUCUCCUAAAAGUAGCCUCCAGAGGCCGUCCGUCCGUGUGUGUGUGUGAACAGGGGCUGUGCUUUGGAGGGCCCCCCUGCCCCACUGGCCCUCCCUCCCACCCCCCUGCCAAAGCUGCCUGCCUCCUCCUUCCUUUGAGCAAAGCAGCUCAGGUGAAGGGUUUGGGUGCCCCUGCUAAAGGUAAAGGGACCCCUGACCAUUAGGUCCAGUCGAGGAUGACUCUGGGGUUGCGGCGCUCAUCUCGCUUUACUGGCCGAGGGAGCCGGCGUACAGCUUCCGGGUCAUGUGGCCAGCAUGACUAAGCCACUUCUGGCGAACCAGAGCAGCGCACGGAAACGCUGUUUACCUUCCCGCCGGAGCGGUAUCUAUUGAUCUACUUGCACUUUGAGAUGCUUUCGAACUGCUAGGUUGGCAGGAGCAGGGACUGAACAAUGGGAGCUCACCCCGUUGUGGGGAUUCGAACCGCCGACCUUCUGAUCAGCAAGUCCUAGGCUCUGUGGUUUAACCCACAGCGCCACCCGCGUCCCGCCCCUGCUAAAGCAGCAGCAAAAAAUGUAAACUGGGGUGGGGAAGAAUUGGGAAGAGAAGGCAGUGGCCAUUCACAAGUGCAAAAAUUAGGCUUGUCCAGGCAGUGGGUGGGUAGGGGGGACCACUGACACCAUCACCAUGUAGAGGAGGAAGGGGGUGGCAGAGGCACGGAGGAGAUGAAGGCAACCGGGGGAGCGGUUUGACUUGCCCCCCUGACAGUGGCUCUUCUCUCAGCUGCUGGCUGGUGCCUCCUUGUUGAGUUUGAAGCCAAGCAGCUGGUCGGACUCUGAGCCCUUGGAUGGUCUUUUUUCUUUUUUUUAAAAUAUAUUUUUAUUAAGUUUUACAUUGCAAAUUUCAAUUCAAACACAUCAUUCACCUCCUCAUUUAGGAUUCUCUGGAUCCCUUGACUUCCCUCCAUCCUUCCCUGGUUUCCAUUAUCUAUCUAUCUUUUCUCAUCUGCUUACCUUAUUUUCUCUAAUUUGUUAAAAAAAUUAAUAGUCUUUUUCCCCCAUAUUUUUUCAUACAUUACAAGCAUUACUCAAAUCCUGCCAAAGUUUUUAGUUGUUUACAGUGUUCUCUUAAGUACAUUAUAAUUUUUUCCCAUUUUCCUUGAAAUUCUUCUCUUCCUGGUUUCUGAUUUUCCCAAUCAGUCUCGCUAUUUCGGCAUUGUCCAUCAUCUUCAUCAGCCAUUAUUCUCUGUCUGAGCCCUUGAAUGGUCUAAGGAGCCGCUUCCAAGCUUUUGGGGGUCCCUGCCCUCUUGUUCCCCCGUGUCCCCUGCCCUACCUUAUAAAAAGCUUUAUUUGGAAUAGUCACAAUCUGCUAAGGAAGACGCCACUAAGGGGGCGCUGUUGCCCAGUUUGGGGAUCACGGGUCUCAGGCCUCCUGCCUUUUCCCCAGGGAAAUGAAGAAGAGGAAGCCAAGUGACCCAGAGGAUCCAGACCCGCCCAAGGGGAAGGAAGAGGACGACAGCCCUCAGCACCCAGCGCCUCCUCCCAGCGCCGGCAAGAAUGCAGCAGGGGCCCAGCAGCCCAUGAAGAGGGGACAGAAGGUGGGCAUUGCAGAGCUGUAGAGUUAGCCUAUUUUGCCUGCCGCCUAUGCUUUGGAACUCCCUGCCUCUUGAGGUCAAGCAGGUGCCUUCACUUUCCCCUUCUUGGCACCUGCUAAAAACAUUCUUGUUUAGACAAGCAUGCCCAGGUGUUUAGAAAAUAGCGUUUUAGCUUUGGCCUGGUUUAAAGUGUUGCUGCAAAUUUGUCUUGAUCUUAUGGUUUUGUCUUUCUACAAACCGCUCUCAGGGUUACUCUUGCAGUCAAGCGGUGUUUAAACAUUGACAAAUGCAGCAGUACCUUGGUUCUCAAACUUAAUCCGUUCCGGAAGUCCGUUCCAAAACCAAACCGUUCCAAAACCAAGGCGCACUUUCCCAUAUAAAGUAAUGCAAAAUGGAUUAAUCAGUUCCAGACUUUAAAAACAACCCCUAAAACAGCAAUUUAACAUGCAUUUUCCUAUCUAACGAGACCAUUGAUCCAUAAAAUGAAAGCAAUAAACAAUGUACUGCAGUCACACAAUCAGUCAGUAGCUGAACUGGGUUCCACGCAGUCACCAAAACAAAACAAGAAAGCCGCGAAAACAAAAAUGCAAAAUAAAUAGCAGAAACAGACAGACUUCCAGGUUUGCAGUGUUUGGGUUCCAAGUUGUUUGAGUACCAAGGCGUUUGAGAACCAAGGUACCACCGUAAAACGAAUGAAAUGGCUCGGAUCCAGACCGAGUUGGGUGCCGCAUUUGGAGCAGGAGCCUAGAGCGCCCUGUCUGUUGGAAAAGCUGCUCCACUCGGCUCCUUCCCUCUCUCCUCUGCAGAGUAAACUGAAGAAGAUCAAGGAGAAGUACAAGGACCAGGACGAGGAAGAGCGGGAGCUGAUCAUGAAGCUGCUGGGGGUGAGUCAGGCAGCAAUGGGAUGGGUCUCUCUUUACCUGGGGAAGAAGGGCCAUGGCAGCUGCUCAGAGGCUAGAGCAUCUUUCUUGCAUGCAGAAGGUCUCUGGUACAACCCCCAGCUGCUCUCCGGGUUGGGCUGGGAGAGAUCAUAGAAUUGUAAGGCUGGAAUGGACCCCCAGGGGUCAUCUAGUCCAGCCCCCUGCAAUGCAGGAAUCCCAGCUAAAGCAUCCAUUUCCUGCCAAAACCCCCGGAGAGUUAGUCCUGAGCUGGGUGGACCCGGUGGCCUGGCACAGGGUAAGGCAGCUCUUCUGUGUCCACGGCUGGAUUAAUCAUUAAGCAGAAUAAGCACAUGCUUAGGGCAUCAAUGGAAAACUGGAAUUUUCCAUUGCUGGGUUUACCAUGGAUCAUAUGGUGUAGCUGAACCAGGUUCUACAAAAAAAGAAAUAGCAGAGAGGUUUUCUUUGAAACUGAAAACUAUUCUCAGUGUUGUCAAAAGCGGAUUGAUACUUGUAUGAUACCCGAUUGAUUGAUACCCGAGAACUUGGACGCAAAUUUCUCAGCUCAGCUUCGGCAGUUUCACUCGUAUGUGCGUCAUACGUUCAGUGUAAUUAAAAAAAGUGAAAACAAGAUUCGGACAAUAUUGAAUGUGGUUUUCCAAACGCUGACAUUUUCUUUCGUAUAUUUUUAACAUUAAUGGUCACAAAUUGCCCAGCUGAGCGUUCAUUUUCUCAGUUGAAGUACAGUGGUGCCUCGCAAGACGAAAUUAAUCCGUUCCGCGAGUCUCUUCAUCUUGCGGUUUUUUCGUCUUGCGAAGCACGGCUAUUAGCGGCUUAGCGGCUAUUAACGGCUUAGCGGCUUUAAGAAAAACGAAACAAACUCGCAAGAACUCGCAAGACGUUUUGUCUUGCGAAGCAAGCCCAUAGGGAAAUUCGUCUUGCGGAACGACUCAAAAAACGGAAAACUCUAUCGUCUUGCGCGUUUUUCGUCUUGCGAGGCAUUCGUCUUGCGAGGCACCACUGUAUAUUAAAAAAUCCCAACAGAAUAAUUGUUCAACGAGGCAGGCUGGAUGCCUUAUUCCCGUGCAACACCCUCUUCAGAUGUCAAGGAGAUAAAGAACUAUACAACUUUUGGAAGACAUCUGAAGGCAGCCCUGUAUCGGGAAGCUUUUAAUGUUUGAUGCUUUAUUAUGCUUUAUAUAUUUUGUAAGCUGCCCAGAGUGGCUGGGGAAACCCAGCCAGAUGGGCGGGGUAUAAAUAAUAACAUUAUUAUCAUUAUAAUAAUCUCUACUAAGCAUAGAAGCGGACAUGUUAUGUAAGAUUAGUUCUAAGGAUCUGAUCAAAAAUCUUGCAAUUAUAAAAAGUAGGAGAAAACGUUUCAAAUACAAGUAAAGUGGAAGCAUACCCAAAUAAACAUUAUUUUCCAUCUUACUGUAGGUUUUGUUUCAUUUUGAAAAAGAAAAUUUCAUUUUGCUGUUUAUUAUUGUUUAUUUUUUGAAUUGGACACGUAUGGGAGAACCAAAAACUUUUUAACUGCUUACGGCCUCUGAAGGUAUUACCGUAUUUUUCGCUCUAUAACACGCACCAGACCAUAACACGCACGUAGUUUUUAGAGGAGGAAAAUCCGUAGGCAUGCCACCCGUAGGCAUUCCCUCCAUAACACGCACAGACAUUUCCCCUUGCUUUCUAGGAGGAAAAAAGUGAGUGUUAUGGUGCAAAAAAUACGGUAAUCUGGCCUUGUCUGUGGCCUACGUUCUGGGGUGGGGUGGGUGGGAGAAAGAGAAAAUAAAUGUAUUUCCCCUUUGCUUUCUGUGUCGGGUCUCGAAUUCUAACGCCGCUUGUUUGCGCCCAACCCAGUCUGCGGGGUCGAGCAAAGAAGAGAAGCCGAGGAAAGCCAAGAAAGGGAAGGGGGGUCCGGACUCUGCCAAGAAGCAGCCCCAGAAGCCGCGAGGGGGCCGGAGGGGAGAGGGGGUCACGAUAGAGCACGUGGCCGUCGAGUUGCAGGACGUGGCUUUGGAGGAUCACCUGGACGAGAAGGUAAGCCGUCGAGAGAGAACCUGUCCCUGUUAGCGCACAAAGCCCCUAACAACUUGGGACCGGUUUUCCUGCGAGAUCGCCUGAUCCCAUGGGCUCCCACUCGAUCCCUUCAGUCUGCGUAAGGGGCACCACUGCAGGUGCCACGUCUGUAAGAAACCAGUAUUUUAGUUUGGCGGUACCGUAUUUUUUGCUCUAUAAGACUCACUUUUUCCCUCCUAAAAAGUAAGGGGAAAUGUGUGUGCGUCUUAUGGAGCGAAUGCAGGCUGCGCAGCUAUCCCAGAAGCCAGAACAGCAAGAGGGAUUGCUGCUUUCACUGCACAGCGAUCCCUCUUGCUGUUCUGGCUUCUGAGAUUCAGAAUAUUCUUUUCUUGUUUUCCUCCUCCAAAAACUAGGUGUGUCUUGUGGUCUGGUGCGUCUUAGAGAGCGAAAAAUACGGUACCUGCACUUUGGAACUCCCUUACUAGUGAUUGUUAUAAGGAAAAAAAUGCUCCUUUUCCCUUAUGCGGUACCCAAGAGCCCAAACAUAGUCCUUAUGUAGGUUCUCUAUCAGUAGGAGACAAAGAACAGAGGCCAACCAGAGAAUAUUGAGAAGCAAAGCAGCUAGUAAGCCUGAUCUUUAUUAAACUGUUGCAACAGGGUGCUCACUCAAAACACGCAGGAGGGAGGAGGAACCCAGAAAAAUGGUGUGCAAGCCCUUAUAUAGACAUUUGAAAAUUGCCUCCCCUGUAGCUGAAGACCACCCUCAAAAAACUUCCUACAUAUAUCACUGAAGGGGUAGUCUACAGCAGAAAUCCUGUCUGCCAGGAUACCUGAUAAUGGUCACUGAUUGCUUUUACCUGGGCAUCCUGGCCAUUCUUUGGUGAUGGUAAAUAUUCAGUUCCUGAAUCCAGGUCACAGGCGCACCCUAUUCAGACAUAGAUACGCCCUUAAGACAGGAUUUGUGAGCAAAGAGACAAAAGGGAGAAAAUUUUCCCAUUGCCUCCCUCCUUGCAGAGAAAUAUUUGAGGUCAAUUUGGGAGAGUCAAAAUGGUUUCAGGAUUGCUCUCCUUUACUAUUUCAGACACGUGGUUUAUAUACUUACGUAUGUGUUUGCCUUGUACAUUUAUGAACAUUUAUUUUAUAUACCGUAUUUUUCGCUCUAUAACACGCACCAGACCAUAACACGCACAUAGUUUUUAGAGGAGGAAAACAAGAAAAAAAAUAUUCUAAACGAAAUAGUGGAUAUAUGAUUUUUGUGGUUCAUGCUGUGGCCACAUACAUGUGAUCUGACAGUGAGUUUGGAGUAGCCCAAUGCAAAGAUCCCGAGGAUCCAUGUGGAUCCAUGCUUUGUAACCACGGAGGAGAGAAGGAAGGGGAACCAUGGAUCCUCUGCUCACGACUGCAGCAGAUCCCCACCACCACCCGCAGGCAUUCGCUCCAUAACACGCACAGACAUUUCCCCUUACUUUCUAGGAGGAAAAAAGUGAGUGUUAUGGUGCAAAAAAUACGGUAUAUGUAAGACCUCAGAAUUCCUGUAACAUGAUGUUAGGCAGGGGCCUUUGCUGUGUUCUUUUCGGUACCUGCUAGAAACAAUUUUCUUUUCGACAAACCUGCCUGCACUUGUAGAACGUUGAUAUGCAUUUUAGUUUGUUUGUAGCUCAUUGCUGGUUCUGUCUUUUGAAUACUUUAAUGUGUUCUUUUUAACUGAUAGUUUUCUCGCUUCUUUUUUUACAAUCAAGUGGUAUAUAAAUUUUAAUAAAUAAAUAAGAGGCGGCUGCUAUAGAAAGCAGAGACUCCUCCUGCCCCCAUUCUAAGUACUGGAGGCUUUCCUCCCUUGGAACCAGCCCUCCUCCAGGUACUCCCCCCUUUGCCAACCUGGUGCCCUCCAGGCUGAUGGGAGUAGCAGCCCCACAACAUCUUGCAGACACCAGGUUGGCGAAGGGCGAGUUGCUGUCGUUUCAGGGGUCAAGGUGAGAAAUCUCCCCUCCCCACUCCCUGUUUUCCUGUUUCUUCUAACUGGUGCUUCCUAAUCUGUUGCUGCUCAGCAUGUUGAGUCCUCUUUGGGGUUUGCACAUUCUCUUCUCCCUGCCCCCUUCGCCUCAUUAUUUCUUUGGUCUUGGAAUAUUUGUCGCGCUUCUGAAAAUCUUGGGGUUCCCCCGAGCAGGCCAGGAUUCCCCUCUUGUUUCUCGGAAGGCCCAUUUUGGAUCUGUUCAUGUUUCGUUGCUGGUGGAGGGAACGGUGACUGACGGAUCCUGAUGCUUAUCUAAAGAUAGACAGGAAGUGUCUUACAAAAACUCAUUUUUCUCUCCUUUGUUCUUUGCAUUGCACUGCUUGUUUUUUUGGAACAUAUUAUGCAAAUGCCUAAAUAAAUUAAUAUUUAAUUAAAUAAUAAUAAUAAUAAUAAUAAUAAUAAUAAUAAUAAUAAUUUAUUAUUUGUACCCCAAAAUGCUCAAGGAGACCUUGAGAUGAUGAAUGAAAUCAAGGAAGCAUCUGAAAAAAGGAGUAGUAAAGGGUGAUUUCAAGCACCCUCACGUAGACUGGCUAGAUAUGUGUUCCACUCGUAACAAAGGGGCAAAAUUUCUAGAUACCCCAAACAAUAAUAACAAUAAUAAUAAUAAUUGACUGUGCACUAACAGUUGGUGUUAGAACCGCGACCCUCGACUUAAUUUUGAGUGGCGCCCAGGACCUGGUGCGAGAUAUAAGCGUUGUUGAGCCAAAUAUACAGUGGUACCUCGGGUUACAUAUGCUUCAGGUUACAUACGCUUCAGGUUACAGACUCCGCUAACCCAGAAAUAGUGCUUCAGGUUAAGAACUUUGCUUCAGGAUAAGAACAGAAAUUGGGCUCCGGCUGCGCGGCAGCAGCAGGAGGCCCCAUUAGCUAAAGUGGUCCUGCUUCAGGUUAAGAACAGUUUCAGGUUAAGUACGGACCUCCGGAACGAAUUAAGUACUUAACCUGAGGUACCACUGUAGAUGCAAAUGGCCAAGGAAAUCCAGCACGGUCACAUUUGAUUUCAAAAGAGGAAAUUUGUCCCAAAUGAGGAGGUUGGUAAAGAGGAGGUUAAAAGACAGGGGGUCAAAUCGCCAAAACGCUUGGGAGUUGUUUAAGACCACAAUAUUAGAAUCUGUGUCCAGCAGAUCAGGAAAAGGUACCGUGAGAGUCAAGAGACCCCACCAGCUUGGACCUCAGGCAGAGUCAGAGAAGCUAUUGGAGGGUGUUGUCCAAAUGAAAAGAACGCAAAGGAACACAAAUCUGGCAAAGGGAGUGCAGAGAGAAAGGGAUGCUUAAAAAAAAGCUUUGAAGAACCAACAACAGGAAGUUUUUUAAAUAUGUUAGUAUCAGAAAACCAUCUAGGGAGGCAGUUGGUUCCUCGGAUGACUAGGGAGUCAAAGGAGUUGUAAAGGAGGAUCAAGAGAUUGCGGAGAAGCUAAAUGAUUUCUGUGCAUCUCUCUUCACAGCAGAGGAUAUGGGGCAAAUAUCAGAGCCUGGGUUAACCUUUGCAGGAGGCAAGUCUAAAGAACUGAGACAGCGGUGGCAAGAGAUGAAGUUCCAGGCCUAAUAGACGAAAUAAAAAUUGACAGAUCGUCACACCUGGAUGGCAUCCACCCCAGAGUUCUCAAGGAACUCAAAUGUGAAAUUUCUGAUCUUUGCACAAAAAUAUGUUAACUUAUAUGUAACAGAUCAGCCCCCACACCUGACAACGGGUAAGCCGGCAAUGUAAUGCAAUUUUUAAAAAAGGGAUUCAGGAGGCAGUUCUGGAAAUUACAGGCCUGUUGCCUUAAUGUUUGGAAAACGAGUGGAGAGUGUUGUUAAAGAUAAAAGAACCCAGCACAUAGAAGAACAAGCCCCACUAAAGCAGAGCCAGCAUGGCUUCUGCGAAGGAAAGUCCUGUCUCACGAACCUAGAGAGUGUCAGCAAGCAUAUCAACAGAGGUGAUCCGGCUUACAUUGUUUACUUGGACUUUCAAAAAGCUUUCGACAAAGUACCUCACCAAAGGCUCUUGAGUGAGCUUAGCAGUCAAGGAAUAAGAGGAGAAGUCAUCUUGUGGAUAAGGAAUUGGCUAAGUUGCAGGAAGGAAACAGCAGGAAUAAAUGGACAGUUUUCUGAAUGGAAAUAAGUAGGAAGUGGAGUCCCCCAGGGAUCAGGGCUGGGACCUGUGCAUUUUAACGUGUUCAUAAACGAUCUAGAGCUAGGAGUCACUUGUUAAGAUGAGAUUGCAAGGAGCUCCAAAAGGACCUCUUCAAGCUGAGUGAACAGGAAGUAAAAUGGUAAGUGCAAUUCAGUGUAAACAAGGUUGAAUUGAUGCACGUUGGGGGCAAAAAACAUAAAUUUAACAUAAACAUUCAUGGUGACUGACCAGGAAUGAACAAGACCUUGGGGUCAUAGUGAAGAUGUCAGCCAAGAGUGCAGCAGCUGUGAAAAAGGCAAAUUCCACGCGAGGGAUCAUUAGGAAAGGAAUUGCAAAUAAAACUGCCAGUAUCAUAAUGCCAUUAUAUACAAAUCUUCUCGAGCAACCACAUUUAGAAGACUAUGUACAGUUCUGGUCGCCUCAACUCAGAGAGGAUAUGGUAGAGCUGGAAAACGUUGAGAAAAGGGCCACCAAGAUGACUGAUAAUUUUGAGUGAAGGAAGGUUGCCGCGUUCAGAACUUUUAAGUUUAGAGAAAAGGCAAGCAAGAGGCAAUACGAUAGAAGUUUAUGAAAUAGCACAGAGAAAAAGGGCAGUUUUUCUCCCUCUAAUAACAACAGAACUCAUCGAUAUCCAGUUCAGCUGAGUGUUGGAAGAUUCAGGAUAGAUAAAAAGACAGGACUUCUUCAUGCAGCGUAUAGUUAAACUGUGGAACUCAUUGCCACAGGAGGCAGUCAUGGCCACUAACCGGGAUGGCUUGAAAAGAGGAUUAGACGAUUUCAUGGAGGAGGAGGAGGCUGCCAAUGGCUCCUAGCCACAAUGUCUACGCUCUGCCUCUACAAUCAGAGGCAGAAAUGUAUUGGACGCCAGUUACUGGAAACCACAGGAGGGGAGAGUUGCUCUUGUGCUCAAAUCCUGCUUGCUGGCUUUCCGGUUGGCCAUUGUGAGAGCAGGACGCUGGAGUAUGUGGUCCAUUGGCCUCAUCCAGCAGGAUUCUUACAUUCUUAUGUUGACUUUUGCAGGACGAUCAGGACCAGGAUCAGCUGGGGAACGAGGUAAAUACAAAAUGCCCAGUUUCUGGGGGAAUGUUGGAAGUGCUUUGACUCAGUCAGAUCCGUCGUAUCUGAACCUAAGAGAGCUGUGGCUUGGGGAGGGAACAUGAAGAUACCUCCUCAGAAAGUGUUCUCCCUGCCCCCCCCCCCCAUUGAUGCGAGGAAUCAUCAGCGCGGUGUAUUCUCCAAACCCUUUUCUCUUAUUUCUGUUGAGUUUCACCUGGUGACGAGCCACUCACAGAUAUCCUGUUGCCAAAAAGACUGAAGGAGGUUCCUUCCUUUGUUUUAUGAAAUAAAUGCCACAUGUUCUUCAUCCAGUGGGCUCUGGAAAUAGCUUAGUGUCAGUUUAAGAUUUGUAAAGGUAAAGGUAAAGGGACCCCUACCAUUAGGUCCAGUCGCGACCGACUCUGGGGUUGCGGCGCUCAUCUCGCUUUAUUGGCUGAGGGAGCUGGGCAUACAGCUUCUGGGUCAUGUGGCCAGCAUGACUAAGCCGCUUCUGGCGAGCCAGAGCAGCGCACGGAAACGCCAUUUACCUUCCCGCUGGAGUGAUACCUAUUUAUCUACUUGCACUUUGACGUGUUUUCGAACUGCUAGGUUGGCAGGAGCAGGGACUGAGCAACGGGAGCUCACCCUGUCGUGGGGAUAUGAACCGCUGACCUUCUGAUCGGCAAGCCCUAGGCUCUGUGCUUUAGACCACAGCGCCACCUGCGUCCCUGGAAAUAGCUUAGUGUCAGUUUAAAAAUAAGAUUCUUACAUGGGAGCAUUUGAGUGAAAUAUGGAAUGGCCGCAAAAGACCAUAAAGAAAACUUGUGUACAUACAUCCAUACGGCCAAUGGGGAGUCUUUAAAGACUGUAUAAACCACCACCACCCCAUUUGAAAAUAUUGUGCGGGACAUACAAAAAGAAAUGAAUUACAAAGUUAAAACUGUGAAGAGUCCAUUAAAUCUCUGUCAAGCCAGCAUGAGUGGUAUGCGUGUUUCUACCCCCAGAAAGCUGGCUUGAAUGCGUGUGUGUCUAAAGGAUUUGCCGGAAAGGAUAAAGCACAGAAAAACCCCCAGAACCAGGCAUGCCCACCCCUCUCCCUUCACAGCCUCUGCUUCCAUCGCCUCUGUUCUCUUUCAGGAAGGAGAGACGCUAUAUGAUUCUCUGACUGGGCAGCCCCACCUGGAAGACAUUCUCCUCUUCGCCAUCCCAUUCUGCGCCCCUUACACCACCAUGACCAACCACAAGUGAGUGGCAGCAACUCUUGGCCCGUUUGGCAUUGCCCCCGUUUGGCAUUGCCCCUCCCAUUAAACCUUGUGUUUGUUCUUGUUCUUUUUUUAAAGAUACAAAGUCAAGCUGACCCCUGGCACACAGAAGAAGGGCAAAGGUAUUGUAUGCUCUCCCUUGCGUUUCUUUCCAGCUCCUUUUUGGUCUUCUAGCCAGUGGAUCAAUUGCACACACAAAGAUUCCGCAGGGCAGCAUUACUCGGGAAACUUGAGCGUUACGAGGCAGCUUGACCUCUUAAAUUUGUGGGGCCAAAUUUCAUGCUUACACUCCAAUCUCUCAAUGUCAUUAUCACAUCGUAUGAUUGACUGGUCGGUUUUCCUGUCCGCCUGUCAAAAUCCCUUCUGCGGUGUCCCCAGGCACCCAGCAGCCAGUCAUGUCUGGCAUCAGGUGGGCUUGACUUGCCCCAAACGGCCUUGUGGGCCAAAUGGGGAGGCCUGGUGGGUCCCAUUUGGCCGCAAAUCUGGAGGUUCCCUUUCACUGCUUUAGAAAGAUGGGUAGCCCAGAAAUCUGUCCGGCUUGCAAACAAGCACUCACCUGUCCUCUGUAGUGAUCGGUGAAUCAUCUCCAGGUAAGCAAGAUUGGGGUGCUUUCCCCCCUUUGGCCUGCAAUGUGCCCACUGACUUCCACGGUGGGCAGAAAGGCUCGUGAUCCGUCAGUUGGGUGGUGGCCGCGGUGAACCUGCUUGCAAGGAUGUUCUAAGUGAACAAACUGUGGUACAUUUCUGUCUCUGCUGGUGGCCCCCUGCCCCAUAAAUCUGUGCCUUCUGUCUUUCCAACAGCUGCAAAAACGGCUCUGCACAAUUUCAUGCAGUCCAAGGAGGCGACCCCGAGAGAGAAGGAUCUCUUUCGCAGCGUCAAGGUAAGAAGCCCCUUCUCUGGGCAGGCCUGCAGCUUUGGCCGAAAGCAAGUGGCGUCUGCUUCCAGAACCAAUUUGUGUGGUUUUUUCCUAACCCAAGUUUCCUGCUAACAGAACAAAGGUUUUGCUCUAUGUACAGCUGAUCAAGAUGUAAUCAUGUGAUUCUCUUCUACAGGAUACAGACCUAUCCAGAAAUAUUCCGGGCAAAGUGAAGGUGUCGGCCCCCAAUCUCCUGAACCUGAAAAAGAGGUGA